AUGUCGACAGUGUCCCUCAGCAGCCAGUACUCCAAGCUUACAGCGCUUCGCAGGACGCUCUCUUCGUCACCUUCCAAGCGCAACUCGUCCUCUACGCCCAACGCCACUGCGAUCCCCAGUCCCGACAGUGUCAGUUUGUACGACCCCGUGGACACUGACCCGCUCCGACCAAACCUUGGGCUCGAGGUAGAAGACGAAUCCGGCACAAUGGAACAUCUUGGCCUCUCAGCCUCUAGAUCUUCCUUUACGUAUUCGUCUCCAGAGACAUUUACUGUCUCUCUCAGUGCAUCAUCAAGCAUGUCGACUGGCCCCGACUACUUCUCGCCUGUCGAGUUUCAUAAGCCAUACUUGCAUCGCCGGCCUAAAUCUACUCGAGUUCUACACACGCCACGAAUGCAUGUAGAGGAACAUCCGUUAUCAUUCUAUGAUCAUAUACAGAACUUCACUCCCAGUUCAUCGUCUAUAGACGUCACCGGAGACGGAGAUGGCGGUCUCCCUGUAGGAGUGCCUACUGUGUCUCCGUCUACCUACUCAAGGUACCUUCUACAGAGGAUCGAAACUCCUGUUCCGAACGCACCAUCGGCGUCAGCAUCGUACGAGCUCCUCAACGCCCUUGGCCUUGUUCAACUCAGAUGCGACACUCCGAAGCGGCAAAAAGUCCAGUCCAUACCAAUAUCUGAGCGCAUCUCCCGGAUACCCCGCUUCAAGACCCAACAUUGGCAGACAGCCAAGGAAACUAUCGAAACUCCCUAUCAGUAUCGUGCACUCCCUUCUUCGACUGGCAGUAGGAUUCCCCGUUUAGUUCAGCACUCUAAAUUGAAAUAUAAAUUCACGAUGACUCCGAGGCAAUCUCCUGAGUUCUCACCUCGCGUCCUACAGUCCAACCUACUUGGAAUACCAAAUGUCUUCUGGUCACCAUCCCAGGGGAAUCUCAAAUCAAGGUUUUCCUGUUCCCCAAAUCCCCAGCUCCCGCUUGAGACUGCUCUCGCUCAGGAGACAAAGCCACAAUCCAAGACUGGCCUCUCUUCGUUCUCAAAGAUACCGAUGCUGAAAAAGCGCCUCUUCGGAUUCAAAUGGAAAUCCAAGAGCGCGUCUUCCAAGCGUCAGGCUAUCCCAAUUCCUGUUCCAAAGCACACGCUACCGGUCCCGACGGUAUCCGGGCGCUGGUCGAUGGACUGGCAAGAAGUUAUCGAGCGCAUUGGAAAGGACGUGGAGACGGGGAAUAGGAGCAUGCAAAUUCGCCGCCGGCCAACUCUUCGCGAGAAACGCCUCAAUGUCCAUCCAACGCUUGCGGCCAUGAUCCAAAAUAACAUGUCCGCAUCUGGAGCUCGAAGGCGUCCAAAUGUUGCUUUUUCGACUGAGAAAACGCGGCGCAGAUUCGGUGCCAUCUUGAGUCUCAAUUGGAAGCUCCCCUCCCUUCCUAGCUCGUGUUCUGUUUCUCGUCAAAGUUCUUGUCCGGUCUCGUCGACUCAUACAGCAGCUCCCUCUCCCUCGUUUACAUCGUCAAUCCCCCAGAAGACCCGCAAAAGCCCGACGCGGGCAUCGAACAUCCCGACUCCACGAGCCAAUAUGACGCAUAUUCCGCACGCUAUCCAGGUGGCCAAUACGAUUUCCGGUUCAGUGACCCCAACCGCUGGUGGAAGGCAAAAUGGGCUUAUCAAGGUGGUCUCUGUUGCAGCCAAAGUUUCUCACCCAGGUACCUACCGCCCUAAAGGAGCCACGGCUACUGUAGACACCGACGCGGCCUUCCAGCGUAUGCAAACCCAAGGCGGUCGUUCUGCUCAGCUUCACAGACCUGGAGCUGCAAAGCUCGAUGGAUAUGGCGUACAGUGA